AUGAGGGUGAUCCCGGUCCUCACCCUGUGGCCCAGACCGCUGCAACACAACCCAAGCCCAGCAACACUACCACCCCGAAAUUUCAGCCCGGGCGCUUCAGUUAAAAUGGCAGAUGCCAUGUGCGCCGAUGCCAGAGGGAUGAAAUGCUCUCUCCCCGAGCCCGCAGCAAGCAACGUAGCAUCCAGGCACAAGCUGGCUCGACGCCUAUCACUGCAAACUACAAGCAUCCAACAUAAUACCCAGGCAAGAUGCCCACCUCCCCAGAUGCAACGCAAGACCACAGCCCGAAGCAGACAGAAGAGUCGGAGGCACAGCAGGCCAGAGAGCACAACACAUCACAGGCUACUGACACUCGGCAAACACCAACUUACCCGCCAGUUAUAUCGGGGAGCAGGUCUCCCAAGCAAGGUACCGCACUGUACUCCUGAACUGCCAUACAACACCUCACAGCCAGCCCCGACGAGACCGCAACGCAUAAAGACAGCUGACCUGCAACCGGACCACACUAGGCUUAAUGAGGACAUCGGCAAAGCUGAGACUCGAGAUGACUAUUUACCACAAUAA